CCAUUCAUUCGACGUCAACAAAGCGUGCGCAGGUGUACUCUUUCAACUUUAUCGUCAGUAUUUUUCACCUGUUGUAGCAGUUUUAAUUGUGAUUUCCUGUCACCCGUUCGUAAUAUCCACGUAAAUAAUAGUAUUGAACUGUAACUUGGGUGAUUGACAAAUUAAUAGUUUUACAUAUUUCAACCAAAUUCUCUCUUGAAGAUAAGAAGACUGGACCUGAAAAUACACAAUAGGAACUUAAUCCAAAUUUUGGCUGUUGGUGCUGAUAGACAUAACGUAAUCUGAGUAAAUUCUACGAAACAACCUCCAAAUAGCGUGGAACGCAACCCGGCGACGAUAUCCGUAGGACAAUGUGCCGUCUUCCCGUCUUGCUACUCGUAUGUGUGGCCCUCCUGGGAGUGCCGACGGACGGGAGGUGGUGGCCGUCGUUGGCCUGGCUCCCGGGCACGGUCCCCGCGGAGGACAAGUGGUGGGCGACCCUGUACGAGGCGCCCCACUUCGAGGGCAAUCGCGCGACGGUGAACGGGACCAAGGACUCGAAGGACUGUCAGCCGCUGCCGUGGGGUGUGGCCGGCCGGGUGUCCUCCAUCCAGCUGGACGAGGGACCUCGGGGCGAGUGCUUCUCCACCCUCAACUUCUUCAAGGACGUCGAAUGCAAGGAGCUCGUCGCCACCCACAAGUGCUCCAUGCGCACCCUCGAAGGCACUGCCCAUAACAACGUCAUCCGCUCUGUCGCCUUCGCUCAUCAUUAAGACAAUCACAGCAGCCGGGGGUAGAGCGCUAAUAGGGAGAAACGGACAUGUCGGAAAUUAUGAGGUUAGGGCCUGGAGAGGUGGCCAACCUACGAAUUCAAUUUAUUCAGGGUGAUUUAUUUACGGGAAAAAGAGGUAGCGGUCAGCACUGAAAAAAAAGUAGCUUGGAUCAAGCAUGAUAAUUCUUGAAUUUGCCGCCAAGAAUUUUCUUUAUCUUGCUUUAAGCUGACUUUUUCUUGAUUCAAGAAAUAAUGCUUGGGUUAAGCAAAAAAGUAGCUUAUACUAACCAGCAAAAUUCUUGAUUUAAGAUGAAAUACUUCUUAGCGGCAAAUUUAAGAUUCUUUUUUUCCCAGUGAGGUCCCAACUUGGACAUUGCCAAAUAUUGGGUCAGAUUCGCCGGACACAGAAUCGUAUUUUAAUGCUUAAUUGGAUAACCACUGCGUAUCUAAGGACGUUCCACAUAACACAGUUGACUAAAAUCUGGGGGAAAAGGAUCAAUUCUCGAUGAAAAACUUAAACAAAACGAAAAAACCUUCGCAUGUACAUAAAAGAUGUAACUUCAUCAAAUGAUCAGUAACAAGAAAUAUACCAUUGAUGAGAAAAUGAGACACUAUUCAUGAGAUGCUAGAAUAUUUUUUUUUUCAAAAAAAAAAAAAAAAAAAAAAAACUGUACGCUACAUAUGGAUAAAAUGUGAAAUUAGGGAUAUUAGGGAUUUAAGGAUAUUAUAUGGAAUUAAAUUAUUCAAAGGACUGGAAUCAAUGGUUCAGUUGCACUGGUUACAGAAUCGUGUUUUGAUGCUUGACUCUUGUAGAUUAGCUAAAAAUAAUGAGAUCCGCCCAAACUGCAUCUCUCUACGUUCAAUAUUAACCGAUAUAUCGCCCAUUCAAAAGUCGGGUUUUUGACGUCAUCUACCGUGGUAGUGACAUCCUUGGUUCCUUCCACCUUGUUUUCAUCCCAGUUUCACGUUGAGUAACCAGUGCGUCACUGACCGAUGAAAGCAAGGUACGGAAGAAACCAAGGGUGUCAUACUAUUGCGGUGGAUGGCGUCAAAAACCCGAAUUUUCAAAUGGCGAUAUCUCGGUCAAUUUUGAACGUAGAAAAAUGCGGUUUGGACAGAUCUCAUUAUUUUUUAGCUAAUAAUCUGCAAGAAUUAAGCACCAAAACACGAUUCUGUGACCAGCGCAACUGACCCAUUGUGGUAUUACCCCAGUUUGUUGCCGUGGUACCCCAAUAAAUUAUGUAAUCAACCCAAAUGUUCCGGUACUACUCCAACUUGAGUUGCGGCACCACCACAAUUAACUGAAAAUGUCCUUACCAUCCAAAAAGUUGGGGUGGUACCACAAUUUUAGGGGAUAAUCCCCUGGAACUUUUCUUCCGGGUUAUUAUAAUUGUUACUCGUUGUUUGUGAGGCACGUAUAUGACUGAUAGUCGAUCAUUUGGGCGACUCGCCCCAACGAGGUUUGCAAGGGUGGGGGCGAGGGUAGGUAAUGACUUCCUCUGCCGCUUUCGUUUUCAUUCUUGCACAGAUUUUUUCCUUUCAAAUUUGAGUAGGAGAACAUUUGUCGAGGAAAACGCUCACUGGACCUUCUUAUUGGCACAACGAAACCGUUUGCUCCUGUUUUUUAAAUUAUUUGACAGCACCAAAAUAUGAUUGUCGAUUACUGUACACACAUUUUCGUCCGAAGUUUUAUGCUAAAAGGCUACUUUGUCCGUCCAUCUUUAACUCGCGCACCAAGAAACUUCACUGACCUGUAGGAAACCCUCUCCGAUACUGCAUUGAUCCCCGAGACAAUGGCGUAAUCAAAGCAAUACAGGUCAACGGUCUGCCAAUCCGAAUUAAUUAUUAUCACAGGUAACGCUCUAACAGUUGUGAGCGAUGAGACGACUGUCCAUUGCAGCGUUGCCAUAUUUGCAUUCUCAUUUUGGCAAGUCGCCCAAACGAUGACCUACCAUUUGACUUAGUUUUCGCAUAAAUUGACUCAUUUUUAUAGAAAGUUCAUUUAUGAACAUUCUUGAUCACCUUGGUUUGAUGUCGGAAUACGAAGACUGGCGGUGACGUAUUCUUGUGUCAGGAGGUUGGCUGCUCUUUUGGCCCAAAUAGCUCCAUUUUUCGACGUGUCCUGUACUGCCGCUCUUCCUGUACUGCCGGACGAAGGAAGAACGCCGUAUGAACAUUCGCGAGUUGCUAAAUUACCUUCGGUGAAAUGUUUAUUUGUGAGGAAAGUUAUGAUUAUUUUCCCUUGAAACUUUCAAGAACAUUAGAUGAAAUUGCGAACAAAAUUAUCUGCAAAAUUUUAGGGAAAAUAUUCAUAAGUUUACUAGGAAAUUCGUGUUUUAUCCAGGGAAAUUUGGCAACGCUUGAAGACUCGUACGGCGUUUUAUCCUUAGCACGGCAGAUAGGUACUUUAGCCGAAAGCGCAAUCACAACAACCAAAGGAAGAUACAGCAGCUCAAGGUCCGAAUUUCGUUGGCUACGGUCGACCGCAAAUUGCGAAACUUCACCUCUGAAUCUGACUUAAAGCUGGGAAAAUUAUAUUAGUAGCCCAGGCUGUACGCAAGUUGAGCUUUUUUCUACAGCAAGGUCGAGCCAUCCUUAGUUUCUCGGCGGUGCAAACCAUUAUUCAGCGAUGGAGCAACAACUAAGUCAACAUCUUUGCCUCAACUUGUACGGCCAACCGCAAACUUGCAAACGAAAUUUGGGCUCUGUGUACUAUUGUCCAGUUCAUGCCAAAAUUAUGAGAGUUGAAAGUCUCUCGGUCACGUCUUUAAGAGAAGCUUUUCUUUCAAAAUCAAAGCACGGCUUAUUUCAAGCUCUUAACAUGUUUUUCAAAAAUAAAAUGGUGCACACGAUAAA